UUUCGCAAGUUCAAAUCGCAAAUAAUAAUACAAUUUUACGAGUUGUAUGACAUUGAUAAAACAUUAUCGGCGAGCAGUGCUGAUAACGUCAAAAUGAAAAAUAUCUGAUAUCUGUAUUUUACACAACAGUAUACAUAUGUAUACAUAUAUAUACGUGUAUUACACAUCGCGUGCGCGUAUAUUUUUUUUCGCGAUUGUUGUACCUUGCUCGGUAAUACAAAGAUUAAUGAGUCUUUUCGUUGAUAAAAGUUGAUAAUUACGCAUAGGUGAUUGAGAGAUGUGUACUCUGGAAUCGCGUAGAAGAGACGGCAGUUUUCAAGACUUUGAGAUAAUUCGUCAUCAUCAUCAGAGACAAUCGACGCGCUUGUCGUUAAACUAUGGCGGUCGAUAUUUUGGACGAGGACCAUCUUGCCGUGAGCGCGAUCGUGACCGUCGUUAUGCAGCUGAUCUUCUUCACGAUCGCGGCCACCUUUCAGAUGGACAAAGUGACGGACUUCGCUGGCGGCACCAACUUCAUCAUCCUCGCGCUCCUCACUUUCUUUCUCGGUCAAGUGGGCAAGACAUACGACAGCCGACAAGUUAUGGUAACCGUGUUCGUGUGCCUGUGGGGUGCGCGGCUUUCCGGAUAUCUUCUCUAUAGAAUAAUCAAAAUAGGACGCGACAAAAGAUUCGACGACCGUCGCAGCAACGUGAUCCGUUUCGCCGUAUUUUGGACGUUUCAGGCUAUAUGGGUGUACGUUGUCAGUCUGCCUGUGAUAAUAAUCAAUUCUCCGCGUCACAAAAUACCGCCCGCUCCGAAAACGAUGACAACUCUGGACAGCGCCGGCACGGGUCUCUUCCUGAUCGGUUUGUUGGCCGAAACCUACGCCGAUCUCCAAAAAUUCGCCUUCAAGCAGGAUCCAGUGAAUAACGGAAAAUGGUGCAACGACGGACUUUGGAGACUGUCACGGCAUCCAAAUUAUUUCGGUGAGAUCGUUGUCUGGUGGGGAAUCUUCGUAAUAUCUCUGAACGUUAUUGAAGGAGCGGAGUGGGUGGUUAUCGCUUCUCCGAUUUUCACGACGUUCAUUAUUUUGUUCCUGUCAGGAAUGCCAUUAUUGGAAAAAGCAUCGGAUGAGAGAUAUCGGGAUAACGCGGAAUACCGUUACUACAAGAAAUCCACGUCACCGCUAAUACCGAUACCGCCGUCUAUCUACGUCGAGGUGCCGCGGUUUCUCAAGUUCAUCUUGUGCUGCGAGUUCCCGCUCUACGACUCCCUGGAUGUGAAACCGAAAUCGGCUGUGACCGAGUCAACGUCCAUCAGUCUCGCCGCGUCCACGUAGCUGUAAUCUCACGUCGGACGUUCGAAUUCAGAGUCCGGCGUGUGAGUCGACAAGUCUCAGCUGAGGCUAGCACAGCCUUCUGAGAUUUUUUCUCUUCAUCUCUCAGCGGCCCUCCAAAAGCCCCGUCUAUGUUCCCCGAUGAACACAAUCUCGACAAAUCGAAUGGUAAUUCCCUCCGCAAUUUUCUCUCAAACAAAAGUACGAUAUACGUGUGUGUACCACUCAAAGCAGGCUCUUCUUCAAGGCGGAAAAAACCGAGAUGUUAUUAUUUUUCUAACUAAAAGUCCUUUAUCUCGACGGAUAUAGUGAGCAAACGGCACAGAGCGACUCUUUGUAUAGGAUCGAAUGUGAGCGUAAUGCAUGAGAAAAUAAUUUAUUUUUGUAGCGAUGUUGCGCGGGUACCAAUAAGAAAAAAAAAAUAGUUUGCUGACCAAUUCGAGCAUCGUUUCUAUACAAUAAGUCAUCGACAGUGAUUUGACUAGGUGUGUUAGAUCGCGAAUUCAAAUGGUAAGUUCGAAACUUAUCACAAAUACAAAAAAGAUAUCGACUUGGAGAUGAUAAUUUAUAACAAGCCUGUUCAACUUCAGGCUUGCGAGCCAAAAAGUUUGUCCAUCUCACACUGACUCACUUGGUGUCUUCAGACGAUUAACUUGGACAGGUUUGAUUUAUAUAAUGUGAUAAUACAACAUAAUUGGUAGUAAUUUAAGAUAAGGAAUUACAAAACAAUGUCACACUAUAUUCAAUAGUGUGAAUUUAAAUUGCAUUUUGAAUGACUAAUACGCUAUACAUAUUGCUCUAAAAGUAGUAUUCGUUAAAAUCUCAAUUAGGCUGUCGUUUUUUCCUGUUUGUCGUCAACGAACAACGUUGCAUCGUAUACAUACCGCAGAAACGAAAAUUCAAAACGAGAUUUGAAAAACGUAAAUGAUGUGAAUAAAACGAUAUAGUUAGGCUUUUAAUGAGAACUCUAAAACAAAGUAAUUGAUAAUAGUAAUUUCUAAAUUCAACCUGUGCAUAGUGUAAUUGGAAUUUAAAUGUAAAACCGAUAGAAACUCAAACAGAACUAGACAAAAAGAAAAGAUAAUGCGUAUAUCUACAAGUUCUGAAACAAGCAAUAUUUAUCGCCAACGAGACGUAAAGCGAAUAUAAUAAAAUCGUCAAUUAUAUACUUCGUUAUCAUUUCCGCUCAUUUUGUUAGAAUACGUGUCAUAUAGAAUAAUUUACUAGAUGCGAUACAUCUGUAUGUGCUCAUGCGAAGGUAACACUCUAAGUGCUCCCGCGUUUCUUUUUUCCUAAUAUAAAAUCUGGCUCAUCUGGCAUCAAUUGAAUUGAUCAUUCACAUGCUUUCCACACGAUAAGCAUGCCGUAAGGAAACUUAGAAGUAAAAAGUGUUUCGAUUUAGUUGUAUAAAAAAAAAAAAAAAAAAAAUUAAUAAAAACUAAUAGCAAUCAGAUCGCAAAAUGUAAUAACAUUGAGGCGCAAAAAUACAACUCUGCGUAUGGAUGAUAAAAAGUUAAAUUAUUGGAUUAGAGCAAUAUUAAAACAUAUCUAUGUGCCGAAUAUAGAAAAUACGAAGAGUAUCUGGUAAAAAAAAAAAAAAAAAAAACAAAUUCGAGAUCGCAAAAUCUAGAAAACCAUAUUAUAUGUAUAGUAAAACCUCGAUACACGCGCGCACGAAUGAAACGUAUCCCUUAUGGAUCCAAUAUUCCAAAAAGUGUUAUUUCUCAAUUGUUGUGUAUAAGUCUUCAAAGUUUAGAUAAUAAAUUAUUCCUUCGCUGA